AUGUGCCAAGCAUUGUUAGCAGGCUUCUUUGUCGUGUUUGUUUAUUCAGAACGCGACAUCCUAAUCAACUACACUCUAUACUUGGCCAACAAUUACGCGUUCAUCCGGCUUCAUCCAGAUACAGGAAAAGGACCUAGAAUCUGCGAAGGGCGCUUCACCCACAGCUUCUGCCUCGCCAUUAUCAAUUCCACAGCUAUCACCCUCACGGCAAGUGACCGCAAAGACACCCAUGAAGUCGCCUUUGCGCCAGAGUUAACUGAGCGAGCCAAGAAACUUCGUUCCCAAUGUGCGAUGCAAGCGCAGGCCCUCAAACAAAGGAUCGAAAUGCGCAUCAAUAGAGUACCAAAGAAACUAUGGGAUGUCACAAUGGGGGAAUUACUCGCACAACAUGGACCCAUUGCUGUUGCUGAUGGACUAGUGUCAGCUAAACUGAACUCUGCGGCGGUCAAAGAAUUUGUGGAGGAUGUGAAGAGGCUGAGCGGGGGAGAAGAAGAAUAG